CAACGCACUGGUAUAUAAGAGGAGGGGGGCCAGUCCAAGAUUCAACCCGUAGAGACAAUGGGAGAGCAGAACAGCAGAGUCAUGGUCGGGCGCAUCGAGCUGCCCGACGGCACAAAGGUCUUUUACCGUCACAUGGGCGAUCCUAACGCGCCCCCGUUCCUCCUCACCCACGGCUUCCCCUCCAGCUCGUUCCAGUUCCGCGAGCUGAUGCCGCGCCUCGCGCGCCGCUUCCACGUCGUCGCACCGGACCUGCCCGGUUUUGGCUUCACUGAAACACCGCCUGGCUAUGUCUUUACCUUUGACAACCUCUCGCGCACACUGGAAGCCUUCCUCGAGGCUAUCAAACUGCCGCUUCCCACACCCGUCUACAUUUUCGACUACGGUGCACCCACGUCAAUGCGGCUCUUUCUGCGCAGACCCGACAUCUUCAGCACGUUAAUCACGCAGAACGGAAACGCAUACGAGGCCGGCCUCGGCCCUGCGUGGGAGGAAGCUGGGAUCCGCAACUACUGGAAGAGUGGCACCAAGGCCGACCGGGACAAGCUCCGCAUCCACAAUGGCUUCGAUGCGAUCCGAUGGCAGUACGAGAUGGGACAUCCGGACCCGCAGAGCAUCGCCCCAGAGACGUACGCGCUUGACACGUUCCUCGCACAGCCCGCUGAGCGGCAAGAGGCGCUGCUAGACCUCUUUGGCGACUACAAGACCAACGUCGCCCUGUACCCGGACUUUGCACGCGUGCUCCGCGAGGCCCAGCCGCGCGUGCUGGCCAUCUGGGGCAAGCACGACGUCUUUUUCGUCCCAGCCGGCGCAGAGGCCUUUGCUGCCGACGUGGACCCGUCGCGGUUCCGCCUCAAGCUGCUGGAAGCAGGCCACUUUGCCCUCGAAUCGCACGUCGACGAGAUUGCGCAUGAGAUUCUCGAUUUUGUGCCCUAACGGCUUUUGUUCCCUUACUAGCUACAUGCCCACUGCUCAAUGUGAUCUACGGCUAUCUGGAGAAAAGCGCGCAUUGCAUCGCCGUCAAAGUUGCGCUCGCUGUACGACAGGGCGAGGUAGAGGUGGUCGCCACGCGUGUACGCCUGC